AUGUCUGAACCCGGGAGCUACAAGCAACGAAAGGAGGACUUUGUGUCCAAUCUCUCUGGCGGCUCUGUCGCAGAAAUCAAUUAUGUUACAUCCGUUGCGGCUGUAGCAAUUAUUCUAUGGUCCGUCCUCCAAGCCCGCCAGUCCUUCUUCGAACCGUAUACCGUACUCGCAUUCGCUGUUGAUUUCCUUCUCAACGUUGGAGCCAUUCUCCUGUCAAUAACUCUCUAUUCAAAAUCACCGCUUCUUCUGAACCUUCUUCUCAUUACGCCUGCGAUUCUCAUCUUCGUCCUCCCACCUCAAUCUGCGAGCCGGAAGAAGAAGCUCAAGGUCCCUCCAAAUGCGCGGUCCAAGGAAAACUCCGGGCAGCUUGAUGUCUUAUCAACGAAGCCUUUUCUUACAAACUUUCGCGGUUGCAUGAUGAUUGUCACCUGUGUGGCCAUUCUUGCUGUCGAUUUCCGCUUGUUUCCGAGACGGUUUGCCAAGGUUGAGACCUGGGGUACUUCUCUGAUGGACUUAGGUGUUGGAUCCUUUGUCUUCUCAGCAGGCCUUGUUGCAGCUCGUCCUGUACUGCGUGAGAAAGCGAUAGGUCGCACAACAGGCCGGGCAACACCUCUUUCCCACCGGAUCGUGCAUUCGCUGCGCCAUUCUAUCCCACUACUAGUGCUUGGGCUGAUACGUUUCCUGAGUGUCAAGGGUCUGGACUACGCCGAACAUGUGACAGAAUACGGUGUUCACUGGAACUUCUUCUUCACCCUUGGUUUUCUGCCCCCAUUUGUUGCCAUCUUCCAGUCAGCUCUGAAAUGGAUUCCUUCAUUUGCAGCCCUGUCGUUGUUGGUGGGCGUUACAUAUCAAAUUCUGCUUGAAACCACUAGUCUAAAGGCGUACGUCUUGACGGCACCCAGGACCGACCUAAUCAGUAUGAACCGGGAAGGUAUUUUCAGCUUCAUUGGAUACCUGGCGAUUUUCCUUGCUGGGCAAGAUACGGGCAUGUUUGUCAUUCCCCGUAACAUCCCUCCCAAGAGUACCGCCAGCCCUGGAGCCCAGAGGAACACCCUUCUGAUGACCAUGGCUGUUUGGGGUGGUGUCUGGACUGGGCUCUACUUGCUCUCCACGAAUUAUCACUAUGGUUUCGGCUUGGCAGUAUCCCGUCGCAUGGCAAACCUACCCUAUGUUUUAUGGGUUGUUGCCUUCAACACCUUGCAACUGCUGGGUUUUGCGGUCAUCGACACGAUAUUCUUCCCUACCUUCUAUAAUGCUCAAGACGCAAAGACGGAGAAGGUGGCGUAUACACAGGCCACCAGUCAUGUAAUUCGAGCAUACAAUCGUAACGGACUGGCCAUCUUCUUGUUGGCAAACUUGUUGACUGGUUUGGUCAAUAUGACAGUCAACACACUGGAUGCUACCCCUGUACUGACAAUGGGAAUAUUAGUUGCAUAUACCGCAACGAUCACAGGGGUCGCGGUAGCAUUAGAUGCUUAUAAUAUCAGCAUCAAGCUUUAA